CUGAGCGAUAAUCACUAAUCACUAAACAUAGGAAAUAACAAAAUUGAAUCGACCAAACAGAUUGCUUGGAAGUUAUUGAUUUCUUGUUUCGUUGUCUUUCUCCAAUGGAGGCACGACUUCAGAAUUUCAAUGAUUUGUACUCAGUCUGAUUAAAUUCACCACUUGAUUGGGAUACUUGUAUUCAGUUUAGAGAAUUGUGACGUGGUGAACGUAUCGUUCAGGCCACACAGAAAGAAUACACAGUUUGCCUUCAAUAAUUUUUUCAAAGCUUCACUCUCACGGAUUACAUUGUCACUGAUUGAAAGCCACCAUCAUCACUGACAUAAAAACAAAAUGGAGUCGACUCGCUCAGCGUCUGUGAUCAACAAUAACAAUGAGAAAUGUGAUGAGGUAUCACUUCGAACCGACUAUAAAUCAAACCUUUCUGAGAUACUCCACGAUCAAAAUGUUGUUGAUUUGGAGAGAAGACUGAUCACACGUCCUGCGACCUCAACAAUUCGAAGACCAUGUCUCUUUGGUACUCAAACACUCAGUCAUCAACAAUCCGAGGAGGAGAAUGGUGACCAUGGAAGCGCCUCAGUUAUGAGCGAUUACAAUUGCUGCAGUCUUGAAACUGCAGUCAUGAAACCAGAGUAUCAUUCUGUUGGAGUGAAAGUAGGUGGAACAGCUUCACCUCGUAGUGAAGGUGGACCAACAAUUCGAUGCAAUUCUGUCGACAAGUAUGACUGGAAUGCAAUGAUCGCAGAAUCACAUGUGAUUUCUCCCCGGGUGUUCCAGACACUGGACUAUCACAGAGCAACAGAAGUGGUUUCAACAGGUGCUACAGACAAGAAAAGUGAAGAUGUCUGUUACUGGACAGGAACCUUACCAUUUAGAAAAAACAUAUCAGGAAAUAUUUCAAGGAAAGUGUUCGUUUACGGGUUGCCAUAUGGAAUAACGGAGUCUGGUAUAAUGGAGGUGUUUUGUAGAUUUGGCCAAAUUACCGUCAUUUGGCCAAAACCAGAUGGUGUUCAUUUGAGUAGCGAGUAUAACAAUAGAGGUUAUUGUUAUCUCGUAUAUGAAAAUGAGGCAUGUGUUCUGGAACUUCUGAGGAACUCUUUCAGAACUCGUAGGAUAGAUAGUGACUUCUACAGAAUUCCAUUAUACAACUUUCCGUUCAGAUAUGCGAAGGUUGUACCUUGGAGCAUAGAAGACACCAACUACUGCGGGCCAACUGGUAGUUCUGCCAAUAUGCAGUAUGCCAUAUAUGUUGGACAGCUUCAUGGUUUGAUGACAGCGAAAGGGCUUGCCAACAUCAUGGAUGACCUGUUCGGAAAUGUUGUUUCCGCUACCCUCCACACUGAUCAAUAUAAAUAUCCUACUGGUUCUGCGAGAGUAAUUUUCUCCAGUAGUGAGAGUUAUUUGAAAGCUAUCAUCACACAAUCGAUAACCAUUCACACCUCAAAAUUCACCAAAACUAUUCAAGUUCAUCCGUAUCUGGGGAAUACUCUUUGUAAUGUAUGUUUAAAGUCUCCUGGAAUAUAUUUUUGCAGAGCACUUCAAUGUUUCAAAUAUUUCUGUCUUAGUUGUUGGAAUGGAUUUCAUCAAAAUGUAACUGAAAAUUUCAGCGAACACAAACCGUUGAAGCGUUAACUGGGGGUAGAUUCCUGUGGUAAUCAGCCAGUCAACGACACCAGCGGCCAAACAAUGAACAAGUCGUGAAGACAUUGAGAAACUUCGUUUACUUUUUUAAUUUUGUUGCAAGAAGCAACAAACUGUACUGCUUACUUCUUACGCCUUGUGUUCAAUCCGCUUUCGUUAAUCUACCCUCACUUUGCUGGUUCACUCUUUUGUAUAUAUUUAAGGGAAUGUUUUGACCAAUGUGGAAAAUACAUUUUCAAUUGAUCCUCUUCUUUCCUCUUUUUAUUCGACUGUUCCUUCACGUCAAUUAUAUCACACAUAGAAUUGAUUAUUGUCUUACAUCGGGAGGUGUUCAGCACAUCUCAUAUUG